AUGUCAAAUAACGCUCUUAUUGAAAAAACAGAAGAUUCAUCCAUGUCAACUUUAGUCGUCGAUAAAGAUGACUGGAAGUGGCCAUGCUUUGAUGAAUGGUAUGAUGAACAUUAUGAUAAAAUGGAACGUAGGGUAAAAGUUGAAAGUAUCAACAUCAUUCCCUUCGUUGUCAUAUAUCCACGUAAUGGUAAACCAUACGUUGAAGUGAGUUCCCCGAAAUUGAUGAAAAUCUUGCGAGAUAUCCUUCCAAAUAAAAAUACAUUUGACGAAGUUGACGAUGAUAACCCCAAAAGCAUUGUCAACUUAAAACGUCUGGUUCGGUUUCUUGAACAAGAAUUUAAGCAAACUAUAAAAGCUCGUGAAGUAAUGAUUGCGCAUAAAAAAGUUUCGUAUGAUAUGUUAUGGGUGUUCUAUACUGAAAAAUUGGAA